AGCGUCGCCAUGGCCAGCUAUCCGUACGGGCAGGGCUACCCAGGUGCUGCAGGUGCUGCAGGACAAGCACCCGGAGCCCCGCCUGGUGGCUACUACUCUGGAACCCCCCAUGGCGGAGGGCAGUACAGCAGUGGGUUACCCCCUGGUGGUGGUUAUGGAGGAGGACCUGCCCCAGGAGGGCCUUAUGGACCACCCACUGGUGGAGGACCCUAUGGACACCCCAAUGCUGGGGGACUACCCUCUGGAACUCCAGGAGGUCCUUAUGGUGGCGCAGCUCCAGGAGGUCCCUAUGGACAGCCUCCUCCAAAUUCCUAUGGAGCCCAGCAUCCUGGGCCUUAUGGACAGGGCCCUCCUCCAGGUGGCGCUCCUCCCAACGUGGAUCCUGAGGCUUACUCCUGGUUCCAGUCAGUGGAUUCCGAUCACAGUGGCUAUAUCUCCAUCAAGGAACUAAAGCAAGCUCUGGUCAAUUCCAACUGGUCUUCGUUCAAUGAUGAAACGUGUCUCAUGAUGAUAAACAUGUUUGACCAGACUAAGACAGGUCGCAUUGAUGUCUACGGUUUCUCAGCCCUAUGGAAGUUUAUCCAGCAGUGGAAGAACCUUUUCCAGCAGUAUGACCGGGACCGCUCGGGCUCCAUCAGCUACACAGAGCUGCAACAAGCUUUGUCCCAAAUGGGCUACAACCUGAGCCCCCAGUUCACCCAGCUCCUGGUCUCCCGCUACUGCCCACGCUCCACCAACCCAGCUAUGCAGCUGGACCGCUUCAUCCAGGUGUGCACCCAACUGAAGUUGCUGACCGAGGCCUUCCGGGAAAAGGACACAGCCGUCCAGGGCAAUAUUCGCCUCAGUUUUGAGGACUUUGUCACCAUGACAGCGUCUCGGAUGCUCUGAGCCAGCCUACCUUGGAGAAUAGCGUGCCUGGAGCCUCCCUAAGGCCACCUCCCUUGUCCCCCUACAUAAAAAGAUUUUCCCUUGCCUGAUGUCUGCUGUUCCCAGAGAGGCAAUCCUGUGUGGACUUGGGAUGAGGCCACCCAGGAGGGGCGUGGCUGAGGGAAGGACUAGAAGUUAUUUUCUUUAUAACCUUUAACAUGCCAUGGCACCAGGAACAGCAAUUGCCUCUAGCUGCUCCUGUUCCUGAGGCCAGUGGUGUGUGCUCAUCAUCCCCUCGCCCAUGCUGCCCAUCAAAUGGACUGUCCUGUGGGUUUCCAAAGGAGAACCUGACCUCAUGUGAGAGAGCUUGUCCAUAGUUCCCCCUCCCCUUGUUGGGUUGUGUUGAUUUCCAGCUGUUCAGGGCUCCCCUGGCAGAGGGAGCUUGAACCGCCUGCUCUGCUCUCUGGGCAUCUCUGUGCUGGCCCUCUGCAAGUUGAACCCUUCACUUGCCAGCCAUUCUCUGCUUGGCUCCAUCUCCAGGGAAAAGUUGCCACUUUCUAUUGCCAAUUUUUUUUAAUUUGCAUUUUGUUUCUGGGGCCAAAAGUUUAGUCAAAAUGUAAGUAUCAAUAAAAGGAUCAAACUCCAGAAUGGCA